AUGCAUUGCCACAUCGCGCCUUAUUUGGUCUUGCGUAACUCUCGGUCAUCUCCUUCACAGACCAGCACAAACAAGAUGAAGCCCACGCUUCCGGCGCUGUCGUUGGUAGCAUGGAUUGCAAGCGUGAACGCACUCGCUGACGGAUCGCAUCUCUUCAAUGAGAUGUUCGUAAGCAAACUGCGCGUCAUCGUAACUGAGGCGGGCAGCAGGCUGUCACGCAAAUCGUUCACGUUGAUCAUGCCGGACAUGUUUUGGCGUCGGCGUGAGGUCUCGUUCCUCCUAAGCGUUAACUCUUCCUCACAGCCCUUGACAGUAGCACCGCCGCUGGUAUUGGCGCCCAAACGUUCUCUUCCAUCUCGAGUGAGUAGUGAUCGUCGGGGACAGAGGCAAAAGCUAACGCGUACGCCAGUCUCGACCAAUCCGGCCAUCUCGAGCGUCAUUCGAGGCAUACGUUAUGCCCACUUUGUCAUGACGAUCGACUUCUUUAUCGAUGCCGACAAGGUCGCCUACAACGUUCCUACGUUCACCGUGGACGGCGAUGCGAUCGUUGCUUCCUUUGUCAAUGUGUACGUUGACUUUUUGAGCGCUGACGGGUCUUCGACUGACAAUGCGAACAGGCUCCUGUACGUUGACGAGGAGAAAGCAGUCUGGCAUGCUGCCUGA